UGAAUUGUCUUUAGUGCAUAAUCUGAAAAUUGUGCUCUUAACUUAAUUAUUCAAGCAAGUAAUCUCGCAAAUGUCAUAUUACGAGUUAGAAUUGGAGUGUAUAUGAAUAGUCUGGAUUAAGAGCUAUCGUGAAAUAUGGUUACGGAGCAAAAGUUGUCCCAUUUGUCAAGUCAACAAAGAGUUGUUUCCCAACUCCCUGAUCGGAGCCUCUCAAGUGAUGACCACAUAAUGCGCCUCAAAGAAGGUUACAUCAAAGAAGGAAGCACUGUAAGUGUAAUGGGGCUUGUAAGGCGCCAUGAGAAUGUCGUAAUGAUUGUUCCACCAGUAGAGCCUAUUUCAACAGUAUGUCAAAAUGUAGAUGUGAUCCCUGUAUAAUGUACAUAAGACUA